CGUCUGCUGGCCUCCGAAAUGGGCUCGACUAAUCAGCCCUGAUUUCAUCCACAUUUCCUUAUCAUAUUAACUGUUCCGAAAGCGUAAGGCAGUCGAGGCAUAUCCACAAUGACAUUUGGAGGUGAGGCGGUGGACGAGGUCAGCUUCAGGUUCUCAGAGCUGGUUCCUGUGGUGCUAACUGCCUGGCCAACAGGCUCCACUCCCCGUGCUGCACAAUAAAGAGCCUUUCACGCCCAGACAAGACUACACUGCACCGCCAUGAAGCCAGGUCACGAGCGCAAUCAGGAGUGCCUGCCUCCCAAGAAGAGGGAUCUCAAUAACAGCACCAGUAGUAGUAGUGCGGGAGGAGGGGCAGGCAGUGGGGUGGGGGGAGGAGGUGGUGGGGGAGGGGGGGAGGAAGUGUCCUCCACUCAGAGCUCAGGGGUCGGUAGUGACACUCAGGGAGGAGGCACAGCAGAAGAGUGGCUGCGUGCACAGCAUGGUCUACACUAUGGAGUAGAGAGUGCUGAGGGCCUCCAAGGGCUGCCCGUUGACCAGUACAGCAUGCUCUAUAGGGUGGCUCUCCCCUCUGUCUCCUACUCCCAGACCAGUCUACACCCAGUGUUAAGCCAUAUCUCUCCAGCUUACACUGUCCCCUCAUCUCUCCUACAGCAUCAUCCAGGGAUCUCCUAUCCCCCUCUAGGCUAUGCCCAGAUCCCCCACUCCUCUUUCCAGUUUGUCUCCCCAUACGGUGCAGUCCCUUAUGCAGUUCCCCCUGGCUUUGUCCCCAGCUCCCUGAUCUCUCCCUCGGGCACCCUCUCCCAGCCCCACCUGGUCCCCUACCAGUCAGUCAUCCAGGAGGGGGUGGUCUCCCCUCCUACCCAGGCCCAUGUAUCUGCCCAUGCCUUUGCAAAAAUGGGGUCGUCUGGAGGUGUCCCGCUGAUGCUGACCUCGGAGCAGGCUGCCCAGCACCAGCAGCACCUGGGCGCGCUGCCCGCCGCAGAGCUCAGUCCUCGGGGAGUGCCAGUCUUUUACCACUCUCAGGGCACCAGGGCUGCGCCUGCCCCCUGGGACCCCUACAGCGGGGAGCAGGAGACAGACAGGGAUAGAGAGUUGAAUGGAGGGGAGAGGGAGCAGGCAGCCAGGGAGAUGCUCCAGGACUCAGUCUACAUUGCCAGAAAUGCACGGCUGCUGCAGGCAGCAUCCGCCUCUGUAGCACUGGAGCACGCACAGGACAGAAGCCUGAAGAGCCGCAGGCUGGACGAGAGGGCUUCGCCUGGGCAGCGCAGCACCCCAGACACUGACCUGGAGGUUCAGCAGGUCGUUGGUCGCCUAGCCUCUCCUGUCCAAGGUGUGAGUGGAGGGCGCAAAGAGGUGUCCUUUGGUCCCCUGAACCUAUCCCAGGGCUCUCAGAGAGGCAGAGAGGCUCAUGGGGAGGCAGGUGAGAGUGCUGGCCGGACAGCGUACGCGAUCCACCCUGCGGUGUAUGGAGACCCCCGAAUGACGGCCCAUCAACAGCAGGCAGGGCAGCCAGGCCACGCGGUCAUCUUGGCCAAUGGACAGACAGUCCUGGUCCCCUUAGACUAUCCCCACCUCCCCCACCAACAUCAACAGCCACCCCAGCACUACCCCAGCCAGACCAAUGAUGACACCUCUGCUGUCACCAUGGCCUCCCCCACCCCCUACUCUAAAGCCUCUGAGUCUCCAGCCAGAGUGGGCCUCCCAGACAGGGCUGUGGUGGAUCUGGCCGCCGUGGAGCAGCACCCCCAGCAGCCUUUUUCUGUCCCAGUCACGGCAGCCCUCACGCAGGCCCUGGUGCCCACCCCUGCCGCCUCCAAUCCCUCCCAUUUCAUGAAGGGGGCCAUCAUCCAGCUAGCCACGGGGGAGCUGAAGCGCGUGGAGGACCUGCAGACUCAGGAUUUUGUGCGGAGUGCUGAGGUGAGUGGGGGGCUGAAGAUCGACUCCAGCAUGGUGGUGGACAUCAGGACCAGCCAGCAGAGACCCGGCCUGGUGGCGCUGCACUUCACAGUUGGCGAGCAGCAGAGCAAGGUGACCAUCGACGUGCCCCCGGAGCACCCCUUCUUUGUGUUUGGCCAGGGCUGGUCCUCCUGCAGCCCAGAGCGCACGGCCCAGCUCUAUGGCCUGGCAUGCCACCACCUGCAGGUAGGAGACGUGUGUGUGUCCAUCACUCUGCAGCAGCCGCCCCAGCAACAGAAACAGCCCCUGCAGCAGCAACAACAGCAGCAACAACAGCAGCAGCAGCAGCAGCAGCAGACCCAAGCCAGGACUUCCACCAAAGCCAACUCCACAUCAGGGGCCAUCGGCCAGCCCAUGGGGCCCCCUGCCCCCCAGCAGCCCAGGCCACAGCCUCACUUCAGGAUGGAACGCAUCCACAGAGAGAGGGAGAGGGGGGAUAAAGAGGAGCCCAUGCAACUAGGGGGUGUUGGGCAGAGUGAGAUGCCCACCAGACCAAAUAGGACUUCAGCAGAGCACACUAGGAGCCAGAGCAGUUACUAUUUGCACACGGAGGGUUCUGCUCGUCCAGGGGCGGGGGUGGGAGUGGUGUCGACAGUGUCGAGCGCGUCUCAGAGGCGCUGGUCCUCCCCCGGCCUUCAGAGAUACAUGAAGGUAGAGGAAGGGGCGCACCCUCAGCUGGGCUCCUCUCGACCCUCCUUCAUCCCACAGGAGGUCAAACUGUCCAUUGAGGGGCGCUCUAACGCUGGGAAGUAGCACCAACCACAGCACAGAAGAGACUGUCAGAGGAGUGUGAACAUCAGAAAGGGGGAAAGGGGGAGUGGGAAUGUAGCCUCAGAAUGUUUGAUAUUUUGCACACCUAAUAAGAUUACAAGCUCUUUGUUUUCAGUGGAACUACCUGGUCUUGUGGCUGGUCAGGUCCGCUCUAUUUGUCAGUCAGUCAGGACAGCUCCUGGUCCAGUGAUCAGGAGAUUGGGUCUCUGCUCUCCCAGGCUGACAGGGAGCGUAUGCAGAAGCAGGGAGUGUAUGUAGCUGGUGAAUCACCUACCAAAGUCCUCAGACUGCAUCUUCCUUCCUUCCUCCCUACCGCCCUACCAACCCCUCAGAACCAUCCUUAUCGCAGGUGAACCAACCCUCAGAACCAUCCUUAUCACAGGUGAUCGCAUUCACUGGACUUUCUCUCUUCUUUGACCAAACCAUCUCUCGAAACCCAAUACUGGGGAGAAUAUAUAGCCCAUGUCUGGUAGACAGACACACGGUCUGACAGUGACAAGAACAUAGCUAUCCUAUUAUGCUCUGUCUCUCCCCACAUUUCUAUUUUGGUCUGUUACCUUCAAAAGCGUUCUCCAAAAAAGAAGAAAAGACUAAAGACACACCUGCGGUGCUGAAUUGCUGGUAUCGGCACAUAGAUGCUUUUCCCUCUAAUGAUGUUGGUUCUCUUGAUGCAGACUCUUGAUGUGUGUCAUCGUCACUUAGUGUGCUUCUCUAGUAGGAGCAGAGGACUUCUACUAAGGCACAGACACUUUCCCUCAUCUCCCUGCCUCUCCUCGUAGGGCCCAGUCUGAGAGGGUCUGAGAGGAGGGCAGGCAGCCUUAGAGGUCUUUCAAUCAGCUCCUUCAAUCAACCAAUCAGAACCUAGGAAACCGCUCACUCCUUUCGUAAGGCACCAACCACGCUUCCCCGUUUUUCAUUUUACACCCCAACCCCACUUUGUGCCACGGUUACAUGUCAGUUUUCCUUUCGAAAGAAACCAAAAGAGAUCAUGCAUUCCAGCAUCAUAGUGAUUAUCAGAGUGACCACAAGACAACACUCAUCUUCCCGAAUGGAGCCCUUCCUGCCUGCUAUACCUCUCAGCAUUCCUCUGGCUUGUGACUGUUUACUGUAUUGUAUUAGUAGGCACCACUACUGGAGGCACGGGCUGGUCUCCACCAAUGUCACCUGUGGGAAUGAUGCCUGUAUGCAGCAGUACUGGCUGCAGGCAACUGGCCUGCUCAGGCUGCAGCCCGUCAUGGACGGUGAGGGCCAGAGAGUGAAACCUCCCCAUAGAGCAAUGUUGGCCCUCUCAGUGCAGCAGCCCCUGGGCCUAUGAGGGGGAACCCUGUGUGUGUUGGAGGGGAUGAAGUUGGACCUGCUUCAUACCUUUUUCACACUAUUGUCCCAACACAAACUGGGGGGAUCUUUUGGCUUGCUUUCCAGUGAAUAUAAUUGGUUUAAGGUUAGCCUGCCAUUUUCCAGCCUGGUUUAGGUUGUUCAUAGCUAGCUAACUAUGUGCCUCUGCUCGUUUAAAAGCAGGAUGGCACUAGAUAUGUUAUCUGGCCAGGUCAGCUUACACGACGGUGUGAAAUGGGUAUAUGAGUCUAGUCAAUCCUUGCUCAGUUACCAAAAUCAAAGCAAUAGUUGCUUUUCUGUUUAUUUGGGGUUUUCUGUGUAUUUUGUUAUUGUUUUUAUAUAAAUAUACAGCUUGCGUAUCAGACCUAAUACUAUCUUUAACCCUGACCUGAAACGUUCCUGCUUUUUGAAGGUGAUGCACAAUUUGUCUCUGAAAUGUUUUGAUCUUUGUAUGGUUAUUACAGAUUCACAAUCAAAGCAUGCCUUUUGAAAUUAUUUUUAUUUAAAAAACCAGGCAUUUCUUCUGGAGAGAAUAGUCUCCUUUUUGAUGGACUGAAGGUUCGGGCUCUGAUCAUCACUGAUAGUAUUCAUUAUGGUUUUAUAUGGUUAACCUAUAUAGUUACUCCUAUAUGGUUUUAUUCAAGUGCAUCUCCCAGAGAGGCUUGACUCCAAAUCAAUGGUGAGCAUCUUAACUGUCCUCUGUUUUGUCCUCUCCAUUGUCUUUUAAUCUACUUGUGUACAUGUAGAAUUGUUUUAUUCUGUCCAUGGCAAUAUUAUUUCCAGUUGACCUUAAUAUUGUCUUGUAUUGCACAUAGAAAACUUCACCUGUUGAUUCACACUGACCUUGUAAUGGGAAUUACAAAUAGUUUAUUUUUUUUAUGAAGGGAUUUUUUUGUUUGUAGCUAUUACAUUUUUUGAAGUGUUCUUAACUUAAGGUAGUUUUGGCAAUAGAGAAACUGACUUGCAUGGUUGACACUGUUUACAAAUUAGCCAAGAAAAAAUGCUGCAGUUUCCUUUUUCGGACACAGAUUUUAGUCACAAACUUCAAGUGGAUAAAAUCAAGAUGAAGUGCAAUUAGAGCAGAUGUAAAAAUCACCCAGACAUUUAGUUUGAUAUGUCAUUCCAUAAAGCAGCCAGACAUUUAGUUUGAUAUGUCAUUCCAUAAAGCAGCCAGACAUUUAGUUUGAUAUGUCAUUCCAUAAAGCAGCCAGACAUUUAGUUUGAUAUGUCAUUCCAUAAAGCAGCCAGACAUUCAGUUUGAUAUGUCAUUCCAUAAAGCAGCCAGACAUUUAGUUUGAUAUGUCAUUCCAUAAAGCAGCCAGACAUUCAGUUUGAUGUCAUUCCAUGAAGCAGCCAGACAUUCAGUUUGAUAUGUCAUUCCAUGAAGCAGCCAGACAUUCAGUUUGAUAUGUCAUUCCAUAAAGCAGCCAGACAUUCAGUUUGAUAUGUCAUUCCAUAAAGCAGCCAGACAUUUAGUUUGAUAUGUCAUUCCAUAAAGCAGCCAGACAUUUAGUUUGAUAUGUCAUUCCAUAAAGCAGCCAGACAUUCAAUUUGAUAUGUCAUUCCAUAAAGCAGCCAGACAUUCAGUUUGAUAUGUCAUUCCAUAAAGCAGCCAGACAUUCAGUUUGAUAUGUCAUUCCAUAAAGCAGCCAGACAUUCAGUUUGAUAUGUCAUUCCAUAAAGCAGCCAGACAUUCAGUUUGAUAUGUCAUUCCAUAAAGCAGCCAGACAUUUAGUUUGAUAUGUCAUUCCAUAAAGCAGCCAGACAUUCAGUUUGAUAUGUCAUUCCAUAAAGCAGCCAGACAUUCAGUUUGAUAUGUCAUUCCAUAAAGCAGCCAGACAUUUAGUUUGAUAUGUCAUUCCAUAAAGCAGCCAGACAUUUAGUUUGAUAUGUCAUUCCAUAAAGCAGCCAGACAUUUAGUUUGAUAUGUCAUUCCAUAAAGCAGCCAGACAUUUAGUUUGAUAUGUCAUUCCAUAAAGCAGCCAGACAUUCAGUUUGAUAUGUCAUUCCAUAAAGCAGCCAGACAUUUAGUUUGAUAUGUCAUUCCAUAAAGCAGCCAGACAUUCAGUUUGAUGUCAUUCCAUGAAGCAGCCAGACAUUCAGUUUGAUAUGUCAUUCCAUGAAGCAGCCAGACAUUCAGUUUGAUAUGUCAUUCCAUAAAGCAGCCAGACAUUCAGUUUGAUAUGUCAUUCCAUAAAGCAGCCAGACAUUUAGUUUGAUAUGUCAUUCCAUAAAGCAGCCAGACAUUUAGUUUGAUAUGUCAUUCCAUAAAGCAGCCAGACAUUCAAUUUGAUAUGUCAUUCCAUAAAGCAGCCAGACAUUCAGUUUGAUAUGUCAUUCCAUAAAGCAGCCAGACAUUCAGUUUGAUAUGUCAUUCCAUAAAGCAGCCAGACAUUCAGUUUGAUAUGUCAUUCCAUAAAGCAGCCAGACAUUCAGUUUGAUAUGUCAUUCCAUAAAGCAGCCAGACAUUUAGUUUGAUAUGUCAUUCCAUAAAGCAGCCAGACAUUCAGUUUGAUAUGUCAUUCCAUAAAGCAGCCAGACAUUCAGUUUGAUAUGUCAUUCCAUAAAGCAGCCAGACAUUUAGUUUGAUAUGUCAUUCCAUAAAGCAGCCAGACAUUUAGUUUGAUAUGUCAUUCCAUAAAGCAGCCAGACAUUCAGUUUGAUAUGUCAUUCCAUAAAGCAGCCAGACAUUUAGUUUGAUAUGUCAUUCCAUGAAGCAGCCAGACAUUUAGUUUGAUAUGUCAUUCCGUAAAGCAGCCAGACAUUUAGUUUGAUAUGUCAUUCCGUAAAGCAGCCAGACAUUUAGUUUGAUAUGUCAUUCCGUAAAGCAGCCAGACAUUUAGUUUGAUAUGUCAUUCCGUAAAGCAGCCAGACAUUUAGUUUGAUAUGUCAUUCCGUAAAGCAGCCAGACAUUUAGUUUGAUAUGUCAUUCCGUAAAGCAGCCAGACAUUUAGUUUGAUAUGUCAUUCCGUAAAGCAGCCAGACAUUUAGUUUGAUAUGUCAUUCCGUAAAGCAGCCAGACAUUUAGUUUGAUAUGUCAUUCCGUAAAGCAGCCAGACAUUCAGUUUGAUAUGUCAUUCCGUAAAGCAGCCAGACAUUCAGUUUGAUAUGUCAUUCCGUAAAGCAGCCAGACAUUCAGUUUGAUAUGUCAUUCCGUAAAGCAGCCAGACAUUCAGUUUGAUAUGUCAUUCCGUAAAGCAGCCAGACAUUUAGUUUGAUAUGUCAUUCCGUAAAGCAGCCAGACAUUUAGUUUGAUAUGUCAUUCCGUAAAGCAGCCAGACAUUUAGUUUGAUAUGUCAUUCCGUAAAGCAGCCAGACAUUUAGUUUGAUAUGUCAUUCCGUAAAGCAGCCAGACAUUUAGUUUGAUAUGUCAUUCCGUAAAGCAGCCAGACAUUUAGUUUGAUAUGUCAUUCCGUAAAGCAGCCAGACAUUCAGUUUGAUAUGUCAUUCCGUAAAGCAGCCAGACAUUUAGUUUGAUAUGUCAUUCCGUAAAGCAGCCAGACAUUUAGUUUGAUAUGUCAUUCCGUAAAGCAGCCAGACAUUCAGUUUGAUAUGUCAUUCCAUAAAGCAGCCAGACAUUCAGUUUGAUAUGUCAUUCCAUAAAGGAGCCAGACAUUCAGUUUGUCAUUCCAUAAAGCAGCCAGACAUUCAGUUUGAUAUGUCAUUCCAUAAAGCAGCCAGACAUUUAGUUUGAUAUGUCAUUCCAUAAAGCAGCCAGACAUUUAGUUUGAUAUGUCAUUCCAUAAAGCAGCCAGACAUUCAGUUUGAUAUGUCAUUCCAUAAAGCAGCCAGACAUUUAGUUUGAUAUGUCAUUCCAUAAAGCAGCCAGACAUUUAGUUUGAUAUGUCAUUCCAUAAAGCAGCCAGACAUUUAGUUUGAUAUGUCAUUCCAUAAAGCAGCCAGACAUUUAGUUUGAUAUGUCAUUCCAUAAAGCAGCCAGACAUUCAGUUUGAUAUGUCAUUCCAUAAAGCAGCCAGACAUUCAGUUUGAUAUGUCAUUCCAUAAAGCAGCCAGACAUUUAGUUUGAUAUGUCAUUCCAUAAAGCAGCCAGACAUUUAGUUUAUGUCAUUCCAUAAAGCAGCCAGACAUUUAGUUUAUGUCAUUCCAUAAAGCAGCCAGACAUUUAGUUUGAUAUGUCAUUCCAUAAAGCAGCCAGACAUUCAGUUUGAUAUGUCAUUCCAUAAAGCAGCCAGACAUUCAGUUUGAUAUGUCAUUCCAUAAAGCAGCCAGACAUUCAGUUUGUCAUUCCAUAAAGCAGCCAGACAUUCAGUUUGAUAUGUCAUUCCAUAAAGCAGCCAGACAUUUAGUUUGAUAUGUCAUUCCAUAAAGCAGCCAGACAUUUAGUUUGAUAUGUCAUUCCAUAAAGCAGCCAGACAUUCAGUUUGAUAUGUCAUUCCAUAAAGCAGCCAGACAUUUAGUUUGAUAUGUCAUUCCAUAAAGCAGCCAGACAUUCCCAUUAGCUUAUGGUAAUUCCAGUUUUCUUUUUUCUUCUAAAAUGUCUUCACUGUUAUUCCUCUUGUCAGAAAGACAUUUCACCUCAGUUUUGUCUAGUUUUAAUGUCUCUGGUCACUUCUGAACCGGUAGUCCUUGUCUGUAAAUUAUGUGUAUUUGUUUUGAUAUCAUCUGUGUCACAAGAUGUGCUCCAACACAGAUCCAAGCAUUAAUAUCCCAGGCUCACUGAUACUGUGUGAGAAGGUAACUGUGUGUUAGAGCAUCUAUCUACUGGCCUGUCUGUACCUGUAUCCUGGGCUUUGAGCUCUAAGGUGAAGACUGGUGAUUGUGUGUGGUGACAUCCCAAUGCCUUCUUACGGACUUGAGUCCCUCAUCCACACUAUUUAUAGACGGCUGUAUCAAAUCUAGUUCAUACACCCCUUCCAACCCCACCACCUUACUGCCUCCAGAACAUUUCUGUUGAGUGGAGCCCCCAAGGACUCACGGUUCACUGAGGAUAAAACCUCAGACAGUCUUUGACAACAAGCCAUGAGAGAAUGUUCCUGAUGGAGAGGGGCGGUCCGUUAGGCCUGAUCAAGGCAGAGUCACAUGCCAUUUGAUACCGUCAUAACAAACAAUCUGUAAUUUUGUUGAAAUAUAAAUGUUUUCAAAUACGAUAGUGAUCAAAUUCCAUACAGAGAUGAGCUGGAGGAUUUUCCGUAGACAUUUAGCCAUAAACCGCUCAAUACUUAAUUUAUUUUUUACAGUAAUUUACGUUUAUAAUUUUUUUUAAUGCUAUAAGCAAUACAGUUAAACAGAAUACCUGAAAAUAUGUCAUGUAGUAUAAGGAUGUGCUAUGCAGUAAACUCUGAAGUAUUCUGCUCUUCAGUGACCAAGUGUACCUACUACGGGGUAGGACAGGUUUGUAAUGUAUAUAAGAAGGUGGCUGAUGCAGUCAUUGUACACUGAUCUCUCUGAGUACUAUUGCUUAUCAGUGCCCACCCUUGGGUGUCUGAAUAUAGUGGAUUUAUUUUGUUUUUGUUUGGUAGUUUUUGUUCAGACCCUUAGUUGUCACUAACCUAAGUUCAGCACAGUGUUUUGUUCCAGUCAGCUCAGCCUAUGACCGCCACCUUCCGCUGCCAGGCAGUACGGGCCAAAUCAUGACCAGAGAUGGGUAUGCAUGUGUAACUCCAAUUUUUAUGUAAAUCUGUCGUUGACGUCUAUGGAUUUGUGCUGAAAUUCAAAUGAUGUGCAUGGAUAUCCAGUUAGAUUUUGGCCUUAUGAUCUCUCUUGGUCAAGUGUGUAUGUGUUGUGAAUGGGUUGCAUCUCAUGUCCCACCUCCCUGGGGGCUCUUCCAGAAAGCAGGAUCAAUGAGUUAGCCAGCUAACGGUCCCCCAAAAAACAGGAAGAACUGCAUUUUUUAAUAGAAAUAUGAACUUUAACAUUUGUAAUGGUAUAAUUGACUUGGCAACCAACAAUCCAUAUUCAGGUUGUUUUCUAAAUAACAAUUGAGAUUUAUUUGGCUGCUUAUCAAAGUUACCUGGCUAAGGUAAUGAUCCUGCUUGCUGGAACACCCCACUGCUCAUCACUCUUUCCUCCAGAUAUUCUUACUGCAGUAAAAUAUCAUUAACAGAACUCCUCACAUGCACAAACAGCACUUCUGUGUCUUACCACCUCCUCUCCUCCCUUUGCCAUGCCACACAACAUGUGUAUCAAACUCAGUAUUGUGGUCUGGGACAACCAUUCUAGGUGCAAGCAGUGCCUCCUGUUUCUUUACCUCUUCCUCUCUGUCUUGAACACAGUAUGAGGUAGUGGCUGUAUGACCACUCUGACUCUCAGCAGACAGUCAAGUGGACAGGCACAUUAGCAGCACGCCCUCUGUUACACUCAGACUAGCAUCGUUCUCAGACUUCUCCUCUGAGCGUGAAAGUGCUGCUUCAGCAGUUUUCUAGGUUCUUCUCUUGACUCUAACCAUCGUAAGAAAGGGGAAACAUUUGACCUGUACGUUUUUGACCUCACUCUUAUUACAAUUUUAGUCAAAGAAAAUUGCACUAAUUUGCCAUCCUUUAUAGUAUUAUAAAAUGAACGGUUAGUUAAUUGAAAUGUUUAAUUAUUAGUGCUAAACACAAAACCCAAUGAAACAAUCACUUGACCGUUGUGCAUGUUUAUAGAGAUAAUGUUUUGUAUGGCUAUUAUCAAGCUUGUCAAUAACGCCUUAAGAUCUGCUUUGUACAAUGUGUUAAUGGAAUGAUGCUUAUAAGUGACCCAGUUUCCCUCUUUUUCUGUAGCUGCAAAGGUGGAUCAGUUCACUCUUGUUGUAUUGACCCCCUCUUGGCACACUCCUGGUGUUUUUAUUCAUAAGCAGAAAGGAGAUGGACUGUAUCUCUGGAUAGGGAUCAGUUACAGUGAGGGAUCAUGUUAGGGUGAGUCCCUAUUGCUGCUUGAAAGCUGGACCAGUAACUGACUCACUGUUGUUUUUUUACACACACACACACACACACCACCCUCUGUUGUUCAUGUGAGUGGACGUUGGGAGUAGGUCCCUGAAGGUGAGGUAGUGCUCAAUGUAUUUUAGUUCUGGUCCUGUCUGAUCUACAUGGGAGAGAAUGUGAGGCUUUUCAAACCAGUGACAACUUUCCUUUAUUGGUAACUGUAUGGUCUGUUUUUGUUUUGUGAUUAUGGAAAAAGGCUUUAUGACCCUUGUAUAAAGUAGCCCUGUUGGUCUGAUCUUGUAUGACUGAGGUAAAUAGACUGGAUGGGAUGGUGUCGCCAGGCACUAGAGAUGCAUAAUUAAAUCAGGAAGAUGAGAAUAGUUAAAAGUUAAUGGAGUGGUUGGGUAUUUUCAGAUUUUACAUUUGUAUUUUGGCACUAAAGUUACUGCUUUUUACGUGACAUUUGACUAGUUUUAAAAGAAACAGCAUCUUUUUUUUUAAAGUAUAAAAUCUGCAAAAUAUAUGCAACGAUGUAUGUAAUAUUCAAUCCUCAAAUAUAAUCCAGGUUGUAUAAACUUUUGUAUAGUGAGUUUUAAUAUCGUAUGGCCGUACCAAUAUGUAUUGAUUCUUAUCAAAAGCCUUAGUUGUCUACCCAAAGUGCUCCCUUAGAAUACAGUACCCUACACCUACCUGAACUUUACAAAGCAUUAAUAACUAUAUUUUGUUGCGUUUUUUAUUUUUAUUUGUACCCUUUUUGAAUAAAAUAGAUUUGUACUGUAUAUUUGUACCGCUGUGAACAACUUAAGGCUGUUUUGUUUUUGUUUUGCUGUUUUAAUUCUAUGUACUUAAGGACACAAAGAUAUUGUAUUUUUAUUGUUACAGCUAACUUCUUGGAGACAUUGCAUUUAUCAUGUUUGUUAAGUAAACACAAUAAUAUAUAUAUAUAUAUACUUACUAUUA